AUGGCUUCUCUAUUAAAGUCCCUCAAGGGAAACAAGUCUCAGUCAGGUGAAUCUGGAGAGACCACUCCCCGAAGCGAUGGAGCAUCCCCGCAUGAGGGCGCUCUGGAUAUGGAGAAGAAGGGCGGCGACAAUUCAAAAGUCAAGGUAUUCAGACCGUACACCUUUGCAGUCGCGUCGAUUGUGUCGAUAGGUGGUUUCAUCUUCGGUUAUGGUGUGUAUCGCCGUCUUUGUUCGUCUGAGAAUGUUGCUAAGAAUGAUGAACAGACACUGGUCAAAUCUCUGGAUUCCUCGAAAUGCCAGACUUCCUCCGCAGAUUCCACAAUGAAGGAAAUGGCACUUCCCAAGACCCCUACGCGUUCAGUAAUGCAGUCUCUGGAACCAUCGUCGGUCUGCUGUCGAUUGGUACGAGCAACAUCAGCAGAAUCUGAGAUAUGGCUGUGUGCUAAUUCGUUUAGGCACCAUGUUUGGCGCUCUCUUGUCGGCUCCAGUUGCGGACAAGUUCGGUCGAAAGAUCUGUAUCAUCUGCUGGAACAUCAUGUUCUGUAUCGGUGUUAUCAUCCAAAUCACUUCGACAGACAAGUGGUAUCAGGUGGCCCUCGGCAGGUGGGUCGCUGGUUUUGGAGUGGGCGGUCUUUCCGUCUUGACUCCCAUGUACCAAUCCGAAACAGCGCCUCGCCAGAUCCGUGGAUCCAUGGUCGGAACCUACCAGCUCUUCAUCACCUUCGGCAUUCUGGUGGCAUACCUGAUCAACUUUGGAACCGAGACGAACACGAACGGAUCGGCAUGGCGCAUUCCCAUGGGCGUUGGAUUCAUUUGGCCUGUUCUCAUGGCCAUCGGUAUCCUCUUUCUCCCCGAGUCGCCGCGAUGGGACUACCGCCACAACAACAUCGAGCGUGCGCGUCAGAGCGUAGCAAGAGCGUAUGGCGUGCCGAUCCACCACUGGGAAGUCGACAGAGAGAUGCGCGAAAUCAAGGAAAAGUACGAUGCCGAAUUUGCCGGAGGCGGCAAGCACGUCUGGUAUGAGAUCUUCACUGGUCCACGGAUGGCAUACCGGACACUCCUUGGAGUGACCCUCCAAGCACUCCAACAACUGACUGGUGCAAACUUCUUCUUCUACUACGGCACCACCAUCUUCCAGUCUACCGGUCUGACCAACAGCUACGUGACCUCUAUCAUCCUGGGAGCAGUCAACUUCGGAAUGACAUUCCCUGGACUCUGGGUUGUUGAAAAGAUCGGCCGUCGCCGCGCUCUGAUGUGGGGAGCGGCAUGGAUGUUCAUGUGUUUCAUGGUCUUCAGCUCCGUCGGCCACUUCCAGUUGGACCUCACGGAUCCCGCCCGCACGCCAGGGCCGGGAACUGUCAUGGUUGUUUUCGCAUGUCUCUUCAUCGCUGGAUACGCCAUGACUUGGGGACCGGUCAUUUGGGUCGUUGUUGGCGAGCUCUUCCCCACGCGCUACAGGACCAUGUGUAUGGGCAUCAGUUCUGCUUCCAACUGGACGUGGAACUUCCUGAUCUCGUAAGUUAUGCUCGCCGAGCCCUGUCCAACUCAAGACUGAUGAUUCGCAGAUUCUUCUCCCCAUUCAUCACCGGGGCGAUCGACUUCCAGUACGGCUAUAUCUUCGCCUCCUGCUCGUUCAUCGCUAUUCCCAUCGUCUACUUCUUCCUCGAGGAACACCAAGGGAAAUCACUCGAGGAAAUCGACACCAUGUACAUCACGCACGUCAAGCCCUGGCAGAGCUCCAAGUGGGAACCGCCUGCGAACGAAGACCUCGUCACAGCGGAUGCUCUCUACUUGGACCGCGGUGCGAGGAACAUCCGUAAGGAGGAUGCCGCUGGUAUGGAGAGCGGAGCACAAGUGGAGAAGGUGCCUGAAGAUGGGAGAGUGAAUGACGUGAGCGGGAAGGAGAUCCCCGAGAGCUCGGGCGUAAGGGGGCAUUCUUUCAGUCAGACGCCGGAGAUCAGCAAGGCGUGA